GGUCUGUGUUUUAUUAACAGUGACAACACAGUACGAUGUCAAACGUGGAAACAAUAAUAUCAAGUCAGAUGCAGCCUAAUUACCAUUAAAUAACAAACGCGUUUAUUUAUUUAUUUAUUUAUUUUAUUUUUUUAUAUUUUUUUUCCUGGAUCGCACAAGUUAGUAUUUGACUUUGGAAUGAGUUCACAAGAAGCGCUGAAAGAUAAGUUUAAGACACUGAGCAUCGAUUCAUCAGACAAGAAUAAAUACGAUAUGGGUGGAAAACGAAGGGCACUCAUGCUGUGCGUCAAAAAGAACCGAAAAGGAGCAGACAAGGACGUGGCAAUGAUGAGGGAACUGUUCCAAAACAACAAAUUUCAAUUUGACUGUGCAGAUGGAGCCGACCCAACCGCGGAGGAUAUCCUGAAAGCAGUUAAAAACUUCAGGGAUGAAAUCAACAAUAGCGAAGAAGACAUCAGCUGCUGCUUUGUGGUCACUGCAAGCCAUGGGAAUCUGGGUACUAUUUCUGGGAGUGACAACAAGAGAGUGGAACUGAACAGGAUGUUUGAGCUCUUCAGGAAUGACAAGUGUCCCAAACUUCGAAAUAAACCAAAAGUCUUCAUAAUUCAGGCAUGCCGGGGAACUGAGCACGAUUUGGGAGUCGAUAGGAAUGCAAAGCCGUGCUAUAAAAGCGAUGGUCCUUCCCUGAGUACCUUCAGACCUUUCGCAGUCCAUGAUAUGUUGACUGUAUAUGCUCAACAGCCAGGUUAUACAGCCUUCCGGGAUCAAACAACUGGGUCAUAUUUAUUCAAGGAGAUGGUGGAUGUGUUUGAAAACCAUGCUGGGUCCUGCCACCUCUUUGACUUGUUUACAAAGGUAAACCAGAAGCUUGUUCAAUCAGACAUAAGAUUGAAAACAGGGGCGGAUGACAAGAAACCCGAGAAUGAAGACUACGAGACAGCAAAGCAGACUCUUCUGAUAGAAUCAACUCUGAAAAAGCUGUUGUACCUGAGUUCUUAAAGGGAUAGCUCACCUGAAUCUGUCUCGAUGGGUAAAUCACUGUGCAUCCAAGGCUGUAAAUGUGCACAAAGAAAAACAAUGGAAUUAAAAUAAUGUAUGCAAUUAUAGCAUUACUCCAGAUCUCUUAUUCUUAAUUUAUUUCAACACUUUUCACUGAGCACAAGGAGGUUCAGUUAAAGUUACUACGACAGGUGAUUAUAUUAAAAUACUUUAACAGAACCGUUCCUUUAUUGUUUAAGUACUUCACUUCUGUUCAAUUUUUUAAAAAUGAUUUUUAAACUAAUUAUUAUUAUUAUUAUUAUUAUUAUUAUUAUUAUUAUUAUUAUUAUUAAUAAUUAUAAUAAUAAUGAACAAAAGAAUCAUUUAAAAUGAUGUUUAUCAUUACAGUGUUGCAUUUUUAAAACUUGUGCUGUUUUUUGUUGCUGUUUUGUGUUUGUCAUCCAGUGUAAACUAUUUUUUUUUUAAUAAAUGAAGGAUCCUUUUUAUACUUUUAAAUUACAGCAAGAAACCAUAAUUGUAUUUCCUAAUUUUCUCUCCAUAAUUUUCAACUACUUGUAAGCAGGAGGGGUUAAUUUUCCAAUAAAGUGUCUAUUUUAUUUU